CCUCCUGUGAGUUCACUUGCGAAGAUAAUAGUUUUUUAAUUGGUCCGAUUAACAUGAUCCCGCCCUCUCGAGACAUCGUCUCGAAGGUACUUUAAUUUCCGUUGUUUUCCGCUUGGAUACCAAGGAGAAAGGACGCAGUGAACUUCUUUGGAGCUUGGAGCCAAUAAGUCAGCCUUGUUGGAAUAAAAUAAUUUUCUCAACGCUGAAAUAAAGCCGUUUGAACAACUAAUAAGAAGGAAAUUACAUUUCCUCGUGUAUGUGAACCGGAGGAUUGGAGCCUGCAUCCAUCCAAGUUCACAUUAAAAGAAAAACUUCGUCUUGGCUGGGUUUUUUGUUUCCUCCUUUCAUUCGUUUCAUUGGAUGUGGAUGAAAAAUUCGAAACUGGAUAAAGACUCUGGAUAAAGACUUUUCCAACAGAUGAAGAUGGCGAGCUUAUGCCCGGAAACCAACUGAUUUGAAUUUAGACGGACUGUCUGGUUUGAAUUUUUGUUUAUUUUUUUGUAUAUAUUUGUGUAUAUAUUGCCGGCUUAAAUUGUAAAUAGUUUUUGUAUUAAUAUAAUUAUUUUGUUACUCAUCUCGACUCCAGUUAUUUCAGUUACUAAACAUUAUUUUCCUUAUUGUAAUCUCCGAGAACCUAGUUCUCAGCCCAAAUACAAUCGCAUUCACAACAGAACCCCGUCAUCUCGAACCGGGGGUUACAGGUGGCUCUUACAUCACAGCUGAUGAAGACUAUGGAGCGGCUACUUCUCAUCCACCUCAGGCCACAAGUGGCGCAUGCUCAGGACCCCCUUCAGUUUGACUACCGGUCAGCCAUUGGUGUGGAGGAUGCCAUCCUACAUCUUCUUUAUCACACCCACUUGCACCUGGAUAAAGUUGGUGGGACUGUGAGGAUUCUCUUCCUGGAUUUCUCAAGUGCCUCUAACACCAUCCAGCCCCCUAGGCUUCAGGAAAAGCUAGUGGGGAUGCAAGUGAACUCCCAUCUGGUGUCGUGGAUUUCGGACUAUCUAACUGACAGGCCACAGUUUGUCAGACUGGGGAAUAUCCUGUCGGACACUGUGACCUGCAGUACGGGGGCACCUCAGGGGACAGUGCUGGCCCCCCUUCUCUUCACCCUUUACACCUCAGACUUCUGUUACAGUUAGGAGCUGUGUUACAUCCAGAAGUUUGCAGAUGACACGGCUAUCAUAGGCUGCAUUAAGGAUGACAGAGAGGAGGAAUAUAGGGGUCUGGUUGACGACUUUGUUGUCUGGAGCGAUGACAACUCCUUACAACUUAACACCGUUAAGACCAAGGAGUUGGUCAUUAAAAAUCAAAUCCAGGCAGUGUCCACAGCCAGUGAUGAUCAAGGGGGAUGAGGUGGAAAUUGUUGAGAACUAUAAAUACCUAGGCUUGUGGUUGGACAGUAACUGGUCUCAUAACACAAAUCACUUGUACAAGAGGGGCCAGAGCAGACUGUACUUUUUAAGGAGACUGCAAUCUUUUAACAUUUGUAAGAAAUUGCUGCAAAUAUUUUAUCAGAGUGUGGUAGCCAGUGCCUUGUUUUACGCCGUGGUGUGCUGGGGGGCAGCAUAGCCAAGAGGGACUCCAACAGGUUGGAUAAAUUGAUCAGGCGUGCGGGCUCUGUGGUCGGGAUGACCCUCGACUCUCUGGUGACAGUGGUAGAGAGGAGAACCAUGAGAAAACUCCACUUUAGGUGGGAGGGCGAGGGGCAGUAAUGCAAUAUUAGCACUUUAGCACCUCUGUUACUUGGUUCUCCUGUUGGUGUCUGCCAGGUGGUCUUUUAUUGCACUGUAGUGGUAGCCUAUUGUAUUUAUUUUACUUUUAAUCUUUAUAUUUAAUUUUAUGUUUUUAAAUCUUUUUUACUCCAGCACUUUUUACUAUUCUGCACAUUACACUUAUUUUUUUUUCUGUGUUGUUAUGGGCGCUGGAAACCAAUUUCCCCGAGGGAACUCUCCCAAAGGGAUAAAUAAAGUUUAUUGAUUUGAAUUGAACUAAUUAAUUUUUUUAAAAGCUUUUUAUCUGAGUUUGUUCUACAUUAUAAAAUGUAGAACAAAAGACUGGUGAUUCCAUAGUUUUUUCUCGGGGUUGUACAUAAAUGAAAACUCAUUUAACCGUCCUUGAUGGUCAAAUACCAAUAUAUAAUACUGUAGUAAUAAAAAACAAACUAUACACAUAGCUUCCAAAUUCUUUCUCACAUUUUUUAUUUGUAUUUCAUGUAUAAGAUUUUACACAGAUAAUAAACUUGUAACUGUGGGUUCGCAGCUCUUCAAUGGCUAUUGACUGGAUUGGAUAUGGCUAUGCUGCGACAAUCUUGCUGUAAGGAUAUAUGGGAUGCUAGAGAAAAGGUCGAGAGUCGUAAGCUCCAUCGGUAUCAUUUUCUUUGGUGGAGGAAUAAAACCACAAAAAGAACGAGUUGUGAUUAUUAUACAUGUCAGUCAAAGGCAGUGUCACGUCUCUGAUGGCCGGUUUGGUCUUUGGUGGACUGUCUGCUUAUGGCGCCUUUAACAUCUCCAAUAAGCCCACUGACAUCAAGGUUGUUGUUGCAGUUGCUUCCGGGCUCCUUUCUGUGGUGAUUGGGUCCAGGUACAAGAAUUCAGGCAAACUAGUGCCAGCUGGAAUUAUGACAAUUCUAAGGUCAGAAUUAAACUCCGUCACGGUCCAUUAAACACAUUCCAACACUUGUCUGAAUGGUUCCAAAGUCCAAACAAAUAGCAGAAUGGAUCAUUCCUUUCUACAGUUUAUUGAUGGUAUGAUCUGUGAUAGGUGAUUCCAGGUUUGAUAUUGGUAACGCCAAUCAAAUGUGUUUACAUCAGGGGGUGGAAGCAUUAUAAUUCUGCCUGUCAUGCAAUACCAAAAACAAAUAAAACCCCUGAUUAAAAAACAAACUUAAUGUUUUUCCUGAAAAAAGUACAUAUUUCUUUAAUUGUUACAUACCCGAAGUAGCGCCCCCCCACAAUUACUUUUUUCCAGAUUUAGCAUUGGAAAGAGCUACAUAUAAGGCAUGUUUUUUUUUUUCCACUUUUUUCUUAAAAGUGUAAUUGAAAAAAAACUUUAUGUAUGUAUGUAUGUAUGUAUUAGGGCUGUCUUAGGGCCGCGUUAACGCGCGGUAAUUAA